CGAAUACAUUACGGUGCCAUAAAAGUCAUAGAAGGUCACCCACCACCACACCACACCAGUCACCACGCCCUCCUCAGUCCUCCUCCCUCAAAUAUUGCCGUGUUAAUUGCGCACUAAACCUUCGUUUUCUUUUGACAAAGCACUUUUUAUAAAUAUUAUUAAUUUUACACUCUUAAUACACUAUUUUUACCGCCAAUUCAAAUAUCAUUCUAAUAUUCUUCUCUUCACGCUUUCUCUCUCUUCUCUCUUUCUAGAUUCUCGCUUUCUUCUCCUUUCUCACGUAUUCUUCGCCAGGUUAUGUUGAAAUCUGUUAUGGGAGACUUUCUUAUAUACACUUUAUAAUCAAAGCCUGAUUUGUGCAAGUCAGAUACAAAAUGCUUGACUUUGAUUUUUCAAUCUCAAGGCUAUUAGCUAUAUCAGAUUCUUUUGGCCCUGAUGUAUUGGGAUGGCUGGUUACUGGAUCAUUUGGACUUUUAGCUCUUGUGUUUGCACUUCUUAAAUGGCAGAGAAGAACAUCUCUAAAUUGGGUUAAAGCUGCUGCUAGAGCAAAGAAAAAAGCAUGGAAAAAGCUAAAAGUUCCAUUUUCAAAUCAUACAUGGGCUGAAGAUUAUGGUUCUGGUGAACAGCUGUCCACAUGUUGUGUUUGCCUGACUUCUUUGUCAUUUUCACAGAAUUUAGGGACAAAGACAGUGUUCCACACCCCUGUUCAUCGUUGUGCUGUUUGUGGUGUAGCCGCACACUUCUAUUGCUCUCAGUAUGCAGCAAAGGAUUGUAAAUGUUUUGCUCAAGCUGGUCAUAGCCAUGUGCAACACCAUUGGUCAGAAAGAUGGUUUAAGAUGGAUGAUAAUCCUGACACUUCUGCAUUUUGUUCUUAUUGUGAUGAGCCUUGUGGUGUACCUUUGCUUGACGCUUCUCCUACAUGGCACUGUAUGUGGUGUCAGCGCCUCAUACACGUCACUUGUCAUGCUAAGAUGUCCAAAGAAUCAGGGGAUAUCUGUGAUCUGGGUCCUCACAGAGGUAUUAUUCUUUCUCCUCUGUGUGUGAAAGAAACUGAUAUAAAAUCCAUGAGAAGUUUAAGCUCAAUUAGAGAAGAAAUGAUAGCAUCUACUGUCCGUGGGGAGAUGCGGCGGAGGCGGCAUCGAAACAGAAAUGGAUCAAGUCGUAGUCUUAGUGGCAAGGUUGAGGAUGUCCCGGCUUCUGAUUCCCCACUUGGUUAUGUGCUUAAAGGUAUAACUUCUUUGAAAAAAUGCUACAGUGAGAAAAACUUUGACUCUUUGUCUAGAACUAGCAAAGUUUCUGGCUCAAAGGGAACCAAUCUUGGAUUGAUAAAGAAAAAGGGUGGGACAGUAACAUAUGGCCAAACCAAGAAAUACAAGUUAGUAGACUUGUCGAAGGAUGCUAGACCUAUUUUAGUGUUUAUAAAUACUAGAAGUGGUGCGCAAAAUGGCCCUUCUCUCAGGAGGAGACUGAACAUGCUGUUAAAUCCUGCACAGGUGUUUGAAUUGAAUUCUUCCCAGGGUCCUGAGGUUGGUCUGAAGUUGUUUAGCAAUGUGCCAAAUUUUAGAGUAUUAGUAUGUGGUGGAGAUGGUACUGUUGCAUGGGUUCUUGAUGUAAUUGAGCAUUUUAAUUUCGAGUCACCUCCACCUGUUUCUAUUCUUCCGUUGGGCACCGGAAACGAUCUCUCAAGGGUCCUACAAUGGGGAGGGGGCUUUUCAAAAGUUGAUGGACCUGGUUUAAGCAAUAGUUUACAUGAAGUUAAUCAUGCAGCUGUUACAAUGGUGGAUCGCUGGAAAGUUAAUAUUAAAGAAGAAAACCUGAGUGACAAUUCAGAUAGAUUGCGCUCAAAAUUUAUGAUGAACUAUCUAGGUAUUGGAUGUGAUGCCAAGGUUGCAUAUGAAUUUCAUGUGAACCGGGAGGAAAAUCCUGAGAAAUACUAUAGUCAGUUUGUGAACAAGUUGCGGUACGCCAAGGAAGGUGCCAGAGACAUGAUGGACAGGGCUUGUGCAGAUUUACCGUGGCAAGUUUGGCUUGAAGUAGAUGGGAAAGACAUCCCGAUUCCGAAGGAUGCGGAAGGUCUGAUAGUUCUCAAUAUUAGUAGCUACAUGGGUGGUGUAGAUCUUUGGCAAAGUGAUGGUGAGCAUGAUGAUCAUUUCACUCGUCAAUCGAUGCAUGAUAAGAUGCUUGAGGUUGUAUGCGUCUCCGGAGCAUGGCACCUUGGAAAAUUGCAGGUUGGUCUUUCUCAAGCCAGGAGGAUGGCCCAAGGGAGUGUUAUAAAAAUACAUAUUUCCAGCGCUUUCCCUGUUCAGAUAGAUGGGGAACCAUUUAUUCUACAGCCUGGCUACCUAGAAAUAACACACCAUAAGCAGGUGUUUAUGUUAAGGAAGGCAUCUGAAGAACCUAGAGCCCAUGCAGCUGCAGUGAUGUCCGAGGUUUUGUUUGAUGCUGAGUCUAAAGGAAUUAUCAACUCCUCCCAGAAGAGAACACUUAUUGAACAGAUAGCUCUUCGUCUCUCAUAGUCCUUCCUCGUGCUCUUUCGGAAUUGGCUUUGGUGCACGUCAGACUUGCUUCUCGACGAAACUUCCCGCGUUGGUAGUCAAGUAUAUACAAAAAUAUACAAAGGUACAUUUUUUUGCCCAAAUGGAUAUAGAGAUUUUGGUGUGUUGAUAGUAUCCAUAUUACCAUAUAGGUUUUGAGUCUAAGUAGAUAAUUCUAAUUGUGUAAAGAAUUUGAUUUACAUAGAGUACUGAUGCCUAGACGGUUUGCAGAGUGUAUAAACUUGUAUUCUUCUACACAUUAACCAAAUGAUUCUCUCUUGCUGCUGUAAUGUUGGUCCCUCCCCCGUUCUGAUCUGCUUCAGUCUGUUUCAUCCGGUCUUUUGUUUAAGUAAUGGGAAAGUGGGCUGGUAGAUAGAAGAACUCUUUGACCAUUACUCGCGAUUGGUAGGGUCGUCUAUGAAGGUCUGCAAAUUGCAAGAUGAUCGGAAGCACAAGGUCUCUGAUUUCAAAUGGCCCAACAAUGUGAAAUUUACUGUUUGAGUUAGCCACUUGCUUCAUACUCACAAUUUAAGUCCUUCACUGUUUAUGCAUUUCUGUGUUUAGAAUUGUGUAUAAUAUAUUUUUUUGUUAGGGUCCAAUUUAUAUGAUUAGCGGUUAGCACAA